AUUACUUAAAUAAUUAACAUUUAUACAAAGUUGACACCCCUGUGUUUAAACCCCCCGUCCUGCGCUCUGAUUGGCUGACUCUGUUUACGACGUUCACGUUCCACAUCUGGGAGAAAACUCACAAGAAACCAAAACAACCGACCAAUGGGAGACGAGCUGCUCCCGCCCUCGCUCUGUGAUUGGUCGGCGGCCCGUCGGAGCCCUCCUCGGGGGCGUGGUGCGCGCGGCCGCUGUGUUCAGUGUGAGUCGGGACUCUGAGCUGAGAGGCGCCUCCUCCGCGCUCCGCUUCUCUGGGAAUAUACAGAAACUAGAAGCUGAAACUAUCCUGUGAUCUUCACCGGACACUUUGCCUUUGAUCGUCUGCUUUCAAACUUCAAACAUCUCACUCCGGUUCGACACGUGCGGGCUUUUAUCUCCCGGGCUUCACCGCGGAGGAAACACUGAGAUUCAUAGCUGACCGCGGCCGUGUGGAGCCGGCGCCGACCCGGUUCCCACCUGGACCUCUGCCGUCCCCCUGGUGGAUCACACAGGAAGUUUGUUGAGGACUGAACGUCUUUCUGAGGGAGAUUCUCACAAGGGGGCCCCUCCCCCCCACCACCAGGAUCCCACGUCCCACUUCCCCCCCACUUACGUCAUUUCCUGUCAGAAGUGGGAGGAGCUUCACGGGUGGAUUUGUUGAUCGCUGGGCGUGGAGAGCAAAGACCUUGUCUGUGGGAGGGGAAUCGACCCGGUGACAUGUGUUUCUAGUGAGGUCUCAUCUUCUGCCACCAUGAGGCUGAUGCCCGGCUCGCCUCCGCCCGUCCUGCCGCUCCUCCUGGCUCUCACCUUCACCGCCGCCGUGCCUCAUCUGUCCUCAGGGGCCGCGCCGUUCCCCCAGGACCUGGAGCCCAUCAGCAGCGUGGGAAGAGACUGCUCCUACCUCUACCCCAGCUUCCAGGGCCUCAUGUCGGACAAUGACACCGUCCGCCUGGGCCUGGACUUCCAGAGGAUGCUGAGGAUCAGCCACAUGCUCUACAUCGCUGCUCGGGACCACGUGUUUGCCGUCAACCUGGCUGCUUCGUCCGAGCAGAUAAUCCCACGACAGAAACUGACUUGGAAGACGAAGGAUGUGGAGAAAUGCACCGUGAGGGGGAAGAACAGCGACGAAUGUUACAACUACAUCAAAGUUCUCGUGCCGCGAAACGACGAGACGCUUUUCGCCUGCGGCACCAACGCCUUCAACCCGACCUGCCGCAACUACAAGAUGUCCACACUGGAGCAGGAAGGAGAGGAGGUGGUGGGACAAGCUCGUUGUCCCUUCGAGUCCCGGCAGUCCAACGUGGGGCUUUUCGCUGGUGGGGAUUUCUACUCGGCCACCAUGACCGACUUCCUGGCGAGCGACGCGGUGAUCUACCGGAGUCUGGGAGAGAGCAGCCCCGUCCUGCGCACGGUGAAGUACGACUCCAAAUGGCUGCGAGAGCCCCAUUUCCUCCACGCCAUCGAGUACGGGAACUACGUGUACUUCUUCCUCAGCGAGAUCGCCGUGGAGUACACCACACUUGGCAAGGUGGUUUUCUCCAGAGUGGCUCGUGUUUGCAAGAACGACAACGGCGGCUCCCCGAGGGUCCUGGAGCGGUACUGGACCUCGUUCCUCAAAGCCCGGCUGAACUGCUCCGUCCCCGGCGACUCCUUCUUCUACUUCGACGUGCUGCAGUCGCUGACCAACGUGAUGCAGAUCAACCACCGGCCGGCGGUGCUCGGCGUCUUCACCACGCAGGCGAACAGCAUCACCGGCUCGGCGGUCUGUGCUUUCUACAUGGACGACAUCGAGAAGGCCUUCAGUGGCAAAUUCAAAGAGCAGAGGAACAGCGAGUCGGCGUGGACACCUGUUCCCGAGGAGCAAGUCCCUAAGCCAAGGCCGGGCUGCUGCGCCGGCGAGGGCUCGGCGGCGGCGUACAAGUCGUCCACGACCUUCCCCGACGAGACGCUGACCUUCAUCAAGUCCUACCCGCUCAUGGACGAGUCGGUGCCCUCGGUCAACGACAGGCCCUACUUCACCAGAACCACCAGCAGAUUCAAGUUGACCCAGAUAGCCGUGGACACGUCGGCGGGGCCGUAUAAGAACUACACGGUGGUCUUCCUGGGCUCGGACAACGGCCACGUGCUGAAGAUCCUCGCCAGCACCGAGGGAGCCAACGCCUCGUUCGGCACGCAGCUCCUGGAGGACAUCGACGUCUACAACCCCAACAAGUGCAACGUGCGGGGGGAGGACCGGAGGGUGCUGGGCCUGGAGCUGGACCGGGACCAUCACGCCGUGUUCGUGGCCUUUUCCAGCUGCGUGAUCAGGGUGCCGCUCAGCCGCUGCUCCGACUACAGCACCUGCAAGAAAAGCUGUCUGUCUUCACGGGACCCUUAUUGCAUUUGGCUGAAGUCUGGCAGCUGUGCCACGGUCUCACCUGGAUUAAAAGGCGGAUUCGAACAGGACGUGGAGCACGGCCACCAGCAGCUCCCUGAUACCUGCCACGACGUCCUGGCGACAACACGCAAGCAGAACACGGCGCUGGAUUCGGCGUAUGGGAAGACCACACCCACAAGCGCCAGCACAACCUAUCAUGGGGCGGCAUCCCCAAAGGAGGCAGGUGACCCUGAAAGAGGUACAGGUCCUGAUGGCCCUCCCCCAGUGGGGGAACAGGGGUCACCUGACUCGGAGCCAAUCAGUGUGGAGAUGGAGGGUGUGAGGCGGCCACCAGACCUGGAGAAGACCAAUCACAGUGUUCAUUACACGCUCCUGAUCGCGUGUGUGUUGGUGGCCUUCGUCCUCGGCGCCUUUCUCUCCGGCUUCCUGGUUUCCUGCUACUGCAACCACUCGGGUCACAAGACCAAGAAGCUGGCGAAGGAUCCCGAGGCUCCGAUUCCACACGCCCUGUCCCUCCGCAGCCUGGCCAAGCUCAACGGCCUCCUGGACAGCCAGAGUAAGGAUGACAAGAUGGAGGUGUCAUCGCCAAAGAUCUACAAUUCGUUCUUCACCAACAGCAAGGAACAUCACCCACCAAGGAGAAAUGGCCACCAUGGCAUGACAAUGGGAGACCUGGUUCACCCCCACCAUCACCACCUUCACCACUCCUCAGAACUCUCCGGUCUGCCGACACCAGAUUCGACCCCAGAGCUUCCCAUCAAGAGCAUGAAAGCCUUCAAGAACCAGUGGGAGAAGAACCAGAAUUGCAACAAUGCCAAAGACCCAAAGUCCCACUGCGGCGGCUCCAGGCCCAGUUCAGCCCUGCUCCACCAGCAGGUCUUCCCCUACUCCCACAGCCUGUCCAAUGGGCAGCCACUAGUUGGGGGUCACCUCCUUUCGGACGAACGUAAAAUCCACAAUGUUGAACGUGUACUUUCCCAGCAGCCCUACCCUGGUUACUCGCAGAAGGUGAUGGAGGUCACCUCGCUGGAUGAGCUCCUGAAGCACAUCCAUGAUGCAAGCAGCAGUAAAAACUCCCAGUUAAUGAGCCCAUCAGGUCUGAUGGCCAGUGGUGGUGGAGGCCACUUAGCCUUCGCCAACCGAAUCCAACCUCAGAUCCCGGAGACAGAAUCUGCCCCUUACUACAGCUCGUCAACUUUACCUCGAGACAGCCUUACACGACGCAUGGAUGUUCCUCCGGACAUCCCUCCACACCACCAGUCCACUCUUGAGAGGAGGCACUCCUCCCAGAGGCACUCGCUGAUCGCUGCAGCCGCCAAGAUGCCAGGUGGCGGUGGAGGAGGGGGAAUGAUCCCUCGCCAGCACAGCUUCAGCCAACGGAACGGUGGGCCCCACCAGCCACCCCCCCUACUGGCACGGAUGAACUCAACAGGCAGCGCGUGUGAGGUUCACUACCCCCUCAUCCCCAACGGGUACCUGGCGCGCCAGCACAGCUACGCCGGAGAGCAAGAGGUCCAACACAGGGGCGCCAUCGUCCGCCGGGGCUCCUCGCUCAAACCCGACGUCCCUCCCAAACCUUUGUUCAUACCUGCCACGUCCCCGGUGAACCAACAGGGGAAGUUCAACUACUGAGGAGGUUCUCUCCUGGACUAGAGGAGGUUCUCCCACGUCGGGUCUUCUCAGAGGACAUUCUCUUUGAAGGAAUCCAGUGGGUUUGAGGUUGCAGACCUUGACAAGAAAACACAACCUAUCAUGUGACAACCAGUGUCACUGUGGACAAAAGCCUCAACCAAACUUGUUUUUCCCACUCUUUUUGUCCAGCGAAUAUCUUUGUACCAUAUUGGUAUUGCUCAGCUACUUGCUUAUUAUAGAACCGCUGACUCGGGUGACGUGACGCCACCUCCUUAUAUUAGGCUGCCAAUGUCCUCAGUGUGGAUUUACAAUGCAACUUAGUUUUUGGACACAUCGAUGUUGGAGAAACGAAACUCAUCCGUCAUCUCGAACACUUCAAAGCCGGAGGCUCCUGCGACGCGUAGAUUCAGGCUUUUGCUUAACCUUUUCUGAUGUAGUGUUGGUAACCCGUCCCCCCCCACCCUCGAAUGUGUUUAUAUUAUGCAUGUGUGUGUAUAUAUAUGUGUGUUUAUAUCCACACCGUAUAUGUAUACAUAUACAUUUGCAGUAUAUGUAACCUGUGGUGAAAAGUCAGCAAAUUCCCCCCCGAAAGUAGUUAUGUCUUGGCCUUACUAUACUCUUUCAUCUUUGGGCAUAUCAAACGAUCCCCCCCCCCCCCCCCCUGCACACUCUUAAGAAGUAUCUUCAUCAUGCAUUUCAUCAACACAGCUCAUUGUCAAGUUGGCAAAAAAAAAAAAAGAACCAAAUUAGUUUGUGUCGACAAGAGAAAGGAAAUACUUCAACAAAGCAGCUACUCUCGUCCCUUCUCUCUCUUCGGUCCCGUCCCAGCAGAUGUCAGGUCAGCCGCGACCGAACCGGGUCCAUUUAGGUUCCUCCAGAAUGUUCCUGUGACAUUGGUGCUCCACAGAAUUCAGAGGGUUUAGCUUCCUCUGCAGUGGAAGAAACACAAAAAAGAAAUACUGUAUACUCAAGUGACAAACACGCCACGCCAUCUGGCAGAGUGAACACGACACAUAGUACGGAUUGCAAGUAUUAUAAUUAUUAACUUUGUGACUAUUGGUUGUAAAUAAAGGAAUAAUUACUAGCCAAAUUUUAACUGUAUGUGUAAAUGUGUGCCUUAUUUAAUAAUAGUGUGUGACAUGGGGGUAGGGGUUAAUGCAAGGGGCUCUGAUGGCUACUAUGCUCCAGUAUAUUGUUGGUGUUUCAUUUUCUAUGGUCGUCAGUACGUGUCAUACAGUAUCUAUUGUACAUUUGAAGAGUUUCAUUCCAGAAUGAAUUUUGUCAUUCAAAAAUUUGUCUGAUAAACUUGUAACUGUGAAUAUGAUUGUAACACUUAUUAUUGUAUCAUAUUUUAUGUUAUAUCUUGAGUAUAUUGAGCCUUUUUCUUUUUCAUUUUUUUUUUACAAAGGAAUAUUAAUUUUACAAAAUUAUCGUCUCUUGUUUUCUAAGAUCGAUGGAGUUUUGGAAUGAAACCCUUCAUUUCGCUUUGUUGUUUUGUUUUUGUUGUUAUUUUUCGCAUCCCAGGAGUGUGAGUCUGCGGUCGGUCACUUUCCACUGGGGGGCACUUCCCCUACUGGUGCCAUUGUUAUUUUUGUUUUAGAAGUAGUGUGAGCAUCUCUUUGGAGUUCUGCAGGAGCAGUUCACGGUUCCUCUGAAGCUUGACCUACAGACCUGUCCCCAUUUCUACAUAUUUAACUGAUGGAUAAAGCAAAGAUGUUUAUUCGGAGGUAGAAGACGAUCUAGUUUUGGUUUAGAUGCAGGAUGAGACAUGAGUCUGGACACGGGAAGCAGAUUAACCCGAGUGGAGAGCAAGUUUUUGUUGAGCAAAAAUGUUAAAACCUGGAGAAGUGCAAUGAACAUCGAUCCGACGAAUUGAGUUUGUCUCUUGGGUCGAAUCUUAGGAAGUGAUUGUUGGACCAGGUUCCCCGGCGGUCGCAACGCCGAACAUCUGCUGAGGUUUUUCCCUCAGGGAACAUGAUGUCAGUCAGAAUCAUCAAAGCCACAGUCGAGUGGAACCAUGAUGGAUUCUGUGAACACAGCACUGCGCCAGUCACUGUAUCUGAAAGGGUUUUGUAUUGAUUUGAAAUCUCCUCAAAGCUCAUUGGACCCGAUGUAGAGUUGAUCAUUCAUCCAGUUAAUGAAGGAAAAUAUAACUGACCACACACUUUGUUCUUCAGGGGGAAAAGAAGUAGAUUUAGCUUUUCAAACAAGAAAUAUAAAACAUGCAACUUUGGUUUUUAAGGUCCUGCCCGUAAUGUUCCAUAAGAGGAGCUGCUGCCAUGUUUGAAGAGUGUGAGUGUUUCCUCUAUCUGCCGGUGACAGAUUGAAUGAGAAAAAGAAGCGGUGUCGCCUCUGACGUCUGAAUCCGAAUUUGAUUUGGUGUAAAUACAUUCUAUCUGGACGGGGUCUCAUGGAUUCAGUAUUGUUUUUCCUUUUCUGUUUGAUUUUCAGACUGCGCCUCUUGAAUUAAUAUGAAUUUGGUCUCACAGAAAAAAACCAUUGUAUGUCUCUUAUACUAGGAAUAAAAAUGAAAACAUGA